UAUCACCACCAGUAAUUGUACUAUUCACACGUGUUAUUUACACAAAUGGAGUAGGUAAACUCAAUGUUGUGUGAAUAUCAAGUGCUGAAAUUAAAAAUAAGUUGGACAGUUUGUGAGUAAAGAGUAGGUUUUUGGUGAAAAUGGAGAUUUGUUGGUGCAUCGUGCUUGUUUUGGUUUUCGGGAAUCUGGCUGAUGGAGUUAGAGGACCACAUAAGGUGCUUCUGUCGGUGUACUAUGAGAGCCAAUGCGUCGACAGCAAGGUUUUCGUGCUAGACCAGCUGCGGCCCGCACUGCUACUGUUAGACAAACACAUCAAGCUGCAACUCGUUCCUUUUGGGAAGUCGAGGAGCAUAAACUACGGCGACGACGGCUUCGAGUGUCAGCAUGGUCCAUCGGAAUGCCUCGGGAAUAAGGUGCAGGACUGUGCGUUGUAUCAGAUGAGACACCAGUCUAACCUGGACCAGUUAGCUUACGUCGCCUGUGAGAUGGCGAGUGAGGCGGGAUCCAGGGGAAGCCUGGAGUGUGUCCGAAGAGCUGGCCUACGGACGGAGCAGGUGGAGAACUGUUUGAAGACCAGACAAGGAACGGAGCUGCAGCUAGACUCCGAGUAUCUGACGCUGCUGAUGAAGCCCAAGUUCAUACCCACUAUCGCCGUGGACUUGUUAUUCGACCAGCACGUGCAAGACAACGCGCUGAUCAACCUGACGGACACCCUAUGCGCAGAGCCGGUGCUCGAGAAAACUGCCGCCUGCGCACACUAUUACAACACCCUGGCGUUGAAACACCUGUUCUCGUACCCACUCGAUGAUGAGUCAGAGAACAUACCGCUCUACAAGUAUCAGACGUACUUUUAUAUCGAUUAA